AAAUGAUAUUUAAAAUUUGUAAUAAGUAAAAUUACAACCCUGCUUGUGAACCAAAGUUGCGCACUCAUUCUUCUUCGUUCUAUUCUAUUUUUCAUUUGCAUACGAUCAGUCGAGGAACGAAGAAGAAGGGGUGCAAAACUGCGAAUAAACCGUUCUUUGCCAUUGAGUUAGUAGCAAACCCCUUUCAUCUCAUCGUAGCCGCAACAUCUUUAUUCGCAGUUUUGAUUAUUUGCGAUUAACUGCGUAUUUUUCCUUGCCGUAAAAGAGUCAAAGUUUGGGGCCGUUUAAAUGAAUGAUCCGGAGGAAACCAUAGAAAAACGCCGCAGUCCUCGGCUCAACAAAUUAGAACCAGAGUCAGGUGAAGUUCAGCCUAAUUCCACCGCCAUCAUAAUCGACGCCGCCUCCGCCGCCACCACGCAUACCAACGCCACAACUGCUGCCAGCACGUAUACAAACGUCACAAAUACCGCCCUCUCAUCAGAAUCCGUAAGUUUAAGAUUGGAAAUGAAGAAUCAAAUCGCCACUCUUCAAAGACAACUAGAAGAAGCACAGGUAAGAUUAAGUGAACAAAACCGCCACUGCCAAAGGCUAGAGAUUGCUUUGCGUAGCUCAGGUCAUUUAGAUAGUGCUACAUCCACCGCCACGACAACAACAAUACCCGUCGUUGCGUCAUCGUUAGCACCCGCUAUAGGUGCUCCGUUAUAUGAAUUCCCAAAUUUUUCAUGUACUUCACGUAUGCAAAAAUUGUCGGUUAACGCAACAACAAAUAACAUCACGCCAUCGACCAUAAACAGUUAUGCACAUUUUGCGACGUCGACUAUCACGAGCAGCGCUGCCAUGCUGCCAGGCCAGCAAGCCGCUGAAAACGGUGGUAGUUUUUUUUCGCUGCCGUCGUUAACUGCGAGCGCCGUCUUUGCGCCAACGUAUUCAAUAAAGGGACAAACACACGCUACACUAGGUAAUUCUGGCGUGCCGUUUACAUCGUCGUCGAUAAUUUCGCCCCCUGUUUUUAAUAAUUAUAACAGUAUUGUUCAUGGUCCUAUGCCAACAAAUGACUUAAACAAUUUUUCAUUUUUAAACAAUUCUGCAACAGUACCACGGAAGUUGCAAGAUUUACCCGAAUUUAGCGGCGAGCCAGAAGACUGGCCAAUUUUUUAUACAGCCUACGUCCAAUCGACUUCAAUGUACAACUACACUAAUCUGGAAAACAAUCAACGGUUGCAGAAAGCUGUUAAAAGAGAAGCGCGGGAAGUGAUUAAAUCGCUUUUAAUUCAUCCAGACAACGCCAGCGCCGCCAUAGAGCAACUCCGUUUUCGCUUUGGCCGACCCGAACAAUUAAUUCAGAGUCAGCUACGUCAAGCGAGGGAUUUGCCUAAUAUUUCGGAGAAUGCAUUGUCCAAACUGGUACCCUUUGCCACUAAAGUGAGAAACCUAGCAACAUUCUUACAGUCAGCGAAUGGACAACAACACAUCGCCAAUCCUACGCUAUUAGAGGAACUAUUAGCUAAGCUUCCUAUGAGUAAGAAACUGGAGUGGGCCAGAGUCGCCGCCUCAAUACAGCCGUAUCCGACAAUUGUACAUUUUAGCGCUUGGGUAAGUGAACUUGCUAAUCUGAUAUGUACAGUGCAAGACAUCGACAAUAAAGAUCAAAAGCGUCGUGCGGUGUUACAUACAUCCGAAAAACAGUGUCCAGGUUAUGCAGGUGUAACUCCCGUUAAGUGUCCAUUAUGCCAGGAGCAACAUAAACUGCAAGAUUGCCGUCGUUUUUUAAAUGCUGCAGUGUCUAAUAGAUGGGAGUUCGCGAAGAAACAUCGCGCUUGUUUUUCAUGCUUGAACGUGGGCCAUAACACGCGUAACUGUCGCCGUAAAAAGCUUUGUUUAGAAGAAGGAUGCCAGCGUAGGCACCACAGUUUAUUGCACGAGGCCAAUGCUAUUACGCCGACCUUAAGUUUAUUAAAGGAAGAACAAGGUGACGUACGAGGAAACGUGUUGAGCUGCGCAAACGUUAGCAGCACUAAGCCCAAGCUGCUCUUUCGUGUGCUGCCGGUAACCUUGUAUGGCGAUAAUAAGCGCAUCGAUACGUACGCCCUAUUGGAUGAAGGUUCUUCAAUUACGAUGUUAGACAGUGAUUUGGCCAAGGAGUUGGGAAUACGCGGCCGUCGACAUUCGUUAGAUAUACAAUGGUUUGGAGGAAGAACAGCCCAAGAGUCGACUGAGGUUUUCAAUAUUGAAAUUAGCGGUGUUGGUAAAAAUAAGCGCUACCUACUGCGCGACGUGUAUACCGUAGCUAAUCUAGGUUUGCCCAUGCAGAGUUUAAGUCAUGAUGAUUUAAAGAGCAGUGACAAAUCAAUUUCGUCUCUGCCUCUCCAGCCAUAUUUUGAUGCUGUGCCUCAACUUUUAAUUGGAAUCGAUCAUGCACACUUAGGCUUGCCGAUUGACAUAAAAGGGAUUAGUGAGCAAGGUCCGUACGCUUGCAACACUAAACUAGGGUGGGUAGUUUUUGGUCCAACCAGUCGUGCGUCGUUAGCAAGCCGCUCUUGUCUUUUUUUACGUACCCAAGAAAUGCAAGAAGAAGAAGACAUGCGUCAACUUGUGUUCGACUAUUUCAAUAUUGAAAGUCUUGGCGUUAGAUCUUCGCCACCUGUCGAAAGCAAUGAUGACGUCAGAGCUAAGAUGUUACUUGAAGGCACAACUAAACGAGUGGGAGGUCGAUUUCAAACAGGGCUAUUAUGGAAGGACGACAGCAUACAACUGCCCGAUAAUUAUACGGCUGCUCUACAUAGGCUUGAAGGGAUUGAGAGAAAGAUGAAACGCGACGAAACGUUCGCAACCGCGUACAAAGAGAUCAUUGAUGGGUACCUAAGUAAAGGCUAUGCUCGAAAGCUUACGCCCAAGAAAUCGAGUAUGACUUCAUCCAGGAAAUGGUACCUCCCACACUUCGGUGUCGUCAACCCAAAUAAACCUCAAAAAUUACGCCUUGUUUUUGACGCAGCGUCUCGAUUUGAAGGGGUAUCUCUGAACUCCAAGUUAUUGAAGGGACCACAGCUCUACAUAUCACUACCUUCGAUUUUAUUUAAUUUUAGAACGCGUGCAGUUGCAGUUUGCGGAGAUAUUAAAGAGAUGUUCCACCAGGUAGCUAUACAGCCAGUAGACAGGUGUGCACAGCGUUUUCUUUGGCGUGAUGGCGAAAAUACUAAGCCACCUGAGGAGUACGAGAUGCGAGUGAUGAUUUUCGGCGCCGCGUGCUCGCCUUGCUCGGCGCAAUAUGUCAUGAGGCUGAACGCCAAGGAGCACCACGAAAGUCAUCCUCGUGCAAUUAAAGCUAUUUUUGAUCAUCAUUAUAUUGAUGAUUUUGUUGACAGUUUUGAUGGAAUUGAAGAGGCCGUAGAUAUCUCAAAGCAGGUUCGUGACAUUCACAGCGAUGGUGGAUUUGAGUUACGUGGAUUCGUAUCGAACUCAGAGAAGGUAGUUAAAGAAUUAAAUGGUAGUACGGCAACGAAACAGAUCGCAGUCGCUGAGAGCACAGAGAAGGUUCUUGGGUUAUAUUGGGAGUCAGCAACUGAUAAUUUUAAAUUCAACCUGAAGUUCCAUCGCAUUGAACCAGCAGUAAUCACAGGCGAAAGGAGUCCCACAAAAAGGGAACUUCUUAGUAUUAUUAUGUCAAUAUUCGACCCGUUGGGAUUUUUAAGUCACUUUACUGUUGCAGCCAAAUCUCUUAUGCGUGAAGUAUGGCGUCGUGAUGUCCGUUGGGAAGAGCCCAUCCCAAAUGAUGUGAAUAUAAUAUGGGAAAGGUGGCGCCAGCAGAUGCACAAAGUAGCGGGAUUUCGUGUGCCGCGAUUCUACUUCCCACAUGGUGCGCCUUCGGAUUUGGAGCUGCAUGUGUUCGUUGACGCUAGCGAAGAGGCCUUCGCUGCUGUCGCCUACUGGAGGUCAAGAAAGUCGACUGGUGAAGUUGGUGUUACGUUAGUUUGUGCGAAGACGAAGUGCGCUCCACUGAAGGCCGUAACCAUUCCACGCCUGGAAUUGCAAGCAGCCGUCCUGGGUGUACGUUUACGAAAAUUGAUAUUGGAAAAUCACCAAAUACGCCCUGAACGAUGCUUCUUAUGGAGCGACUCCAGAACUAUCUUGAAGUGGAUUGGAAGCGAACAUCGAUGCUACAAACCGUAUGUGGCGCACCGCGUUGCAGAGAUUUUAGAUGGGAGUGAAGUUCGCGAAUGGCGAUGGGUGCCAACGAAAGACAAUGCAGCCGAUGAUGCGACAAGAAGCCAUGGAAGUGUUGAUUUCUCACUAAAAUCUCGCUGGCUACAGGGACCGAAUUUUCUGAGACGCGAUGAAGAGACGUGGCCUGCUGAAGAAAACAUCAGCAAGAUCUUUGUGGAAGCAGAUGAAGAGCUCCGUUCUAAAUUUUCUUUAAUUGCCAACAACUAUAUUUUUAUAGAUUACAAUCGUUUCUCAAAUUUACUUAGAUUAAAAAGAGCAGUAGCGUGGGUGCUUCGAUUCAUAAACCGCUGCCGUAAACGGGAGCUAAAAUAUCUGGAAUAUGGACUUACUGCUGUUGAACUGGAAGCCGCGGAGCACCUAUUAUGCCUACGCGUUCAAUCGGAAUCAUUUACUUCAGAACGCAACAGUAUCGAAAUUGGUAAAGCCAUUCCAAAUGACAGCGCAUUAAAGCAACUUUCGCCAUAUCUGGACGACAGGGGGCUACUUCGUGUACAAGGGCGCAUAGAUGCAGCUAGCUUCUUACCGUAUAACAUCAGAAGACCGAUCAUACUGCCGUAUGGACAUAUAUUUACGCAUCUGGUCGUUAAUUAUCACCAUUGCACAAUGAAGCACCAGAAUCACGAGGCGACUAUAAGCAAUAUACGUCAGAAAUACUGGAUUCCCCGAAUAAGGCAAAUGCUACGACGUGUAAUAGCCGGAUGUAAAUAUUGUCAAGUCAGGAAGACAGAACCUCACGCGCCUAUGAUGGGUCCUCUACCAGAAGAUCGUUUGAAGCCCUAUGUACGACCAUUUACUUAUACGGGACUGGACUAUUUUGGGCCUAUUUCGGUUACUAUCGGGCGGCGAACUGAAAAGCGUUGGGUCGCGUUGUUUACGUGCCUCACCGUGCGCGCAAUCCACCUGGAAAUCGCCCACGACUUAUCAACGGAUUCCUGUAUAAUAGUUAUGCGCAACUUCAUGAAUCGGAGAGGGGUUCCAACACGUCUACGAUCUGACAAUGGGAAAAACUUCAUCGGGGCCAACGAAGAAGCGAAACGUUUUCCUGAUGUUUUUGACACUGAGCGAAUACAAAAUGAAUUGUCAACCAAGGGAGUUGAAUGGUUCUUCAACUGCCCCGCCAAUCCAUCUGAAGGAGGAAUUUGGGAAAGAAUGGUGCAGAGCGUUAAAAGGGUUCUUCGACAUUCAUUAAAAGAAAAAGCGCCACGUGAGCAUGUUUUACAAAGCUUUCUGAUAGAAGCGGAAAACAUAGUAAACUCACGUCCAUUGACGCAUCUGCCCAUCUCUCCCGACGAAGACGAGCCAUUAACGCCUAACCACUUCCUGAUUGGCGUGGGUAAUAUCCCUAAAACUCCAACGGCCAACUCUCCUGGUGAAAAGAUACCUUUAUUACGCAAGCAAUGGCUCAUUGCACGAAGCCUAAGAGAUGCAUUUUGGAAGCGAUGGGUACUGGAGUAUCUACCAACGCUAACCCGAAGAGUUAAGUGGUGUGAACGAACCGCGCCUCUUAAAGAGGGUGAUGUAGUAUUUAUUUGCGAUCCGAAUGUGCCAAGGAUUCAGUGGCGACGUGGUAUUGUUGAGCGUGUGUACACUGGCGAAGAUGGUGUGGCUCGGCGUGCGGACGUGCGUACGGUUGGUGGACUUCUGCAACGAGCGGUAUCUAAAUUGGCAGUCCUGGAUCUGGAAAGUGGUGAAGCUGAUCGCUCCACGGGGGUGGGGGUGUUGACAAAUGAUAUUUAAAAUUUGUAAUAAGUAAAAUUACAACCCUGCUUGUGAACCAAAGUUGCGCACUCAUUCUUCUUCGUUCUAUUCUAUUUUUCAUUUGCAUACGAUCAGUCGAGGAACGAAGAAGAAGGGGUGCAAAACUGCGGUAAGUUUCUAUAUUUUAUUAAAAUACAAAGUGUACAAUAUUGAAUUAAAUUUCAGAAUAAACCGUUCUUUGCCAUUGA